AAAAACCCGACACAUGAGUUCGUCUCAAGUAAGAGUAUCCUUGUUUCCCGUCUCAAGUGGAUCCUCAAACUCGAUCCCCUGCCACUGUCGUAUACCUACGAACGAUCCGAGAUCAGUAAACCCUAGAUUAGAUCUUCGCCAAAAUCCGAAAUCCAGGCCAGGACAAUGCAUAAUGAGGAUUAAGUCCUUUGCGAUUUCUCCGUCUGCUUAGAGAGCGAGAAUUUGCGAAAGAAAGUCCCGACUGAGAGAGCGUUUCGAAUGGCGAAUGCAUUUUCGCCACAUUCGCUUUUCGCAAUGGAACGAAAGAGCAGGGAAAAGGCAUUGUUCGGCGUUCGGAUGGAGGAAAGAGGGAGCGACUAAAACGGCCAGUUUUCCUCUCGGCUUGCAUUUCCCUAUCCACAAUUAUCCUGUCAAACUUGUUUGCGCCGUCUCCCUCUCGCUCUACACCAAUUUUCCUUUCGCAUUAUGCUUUGACCAGAGCAUUCGCAUUAAAAGGACAACGCUCUCGUGCGACGCGAGUGUGUGUGUGAGUGCGAACGAGGAGCGGGUUCUUUCGACGCCUGCGUCGCCAUCGUCCUGGCAUCGAAUUGCCGUUCAGUCGACGCUUGCCGCUCAGACCGCUCAGACAUGUCGCGCCCGUCGUGAGUGCUUAUAGUUAGCUAGUACCUACGCAUAUACAUCCAUAUAUAUACAUCCUCGAAGAGAGAGAGCAGCCACCAAGUCAAAGACUGUAAAACGCAAAACAACGACGCCAUCAGAUGUUGCAGGAUAACAUAAAAUUAAGCAAAUAAAGCACCAAAGCCAAAGCUAAAUCAUUCUACAAGAAUCGCAAAACGAAAGAGUGCUUCAGUGUAUCGUAUCAAACAUCAAAUUGUGCAAAUUAGUUACAGUUAGUUGAAAGGAGCAGAAGUUUCAUAUGCAAAUACACCAUAAAAUAAUGUGCAAUAAACUACAACCCAAUACAAACAAAAGCAACGCAGCAGCAGCGAGAACAACAACAAAAACAAGCAAGCGUUACUCAUAUAGUCACACAAGUACUUUUGCCAUUUUGUUGGGAUUUACGCACGGAGAAGAGCAUCGAAUAAACUAGAGAAGCAGAAAAAACCCAUCGAAGCACAUCACAAUUCCAGAUCGAAGCAUCAGAUUCCGAGAGAACGCUGCCUCGAAGAGUAGAAAAGCCGACUUCUCCGAAUAAAACGAAAACAAAGCAGUGGGGAAAAUGAAAAUGUCAGAGGUGCCCCGCAUUAUGGUCUUUCGACCCACCUGGGAGGAGUUCAAGGACUUCCCCAAGUAUGUUGCCUACAUGGAGUCCCAGGGCGCUCACAAGGCCGGCCUGGCCAAGGUGGUGCCUCCGCCGGAAUGGGUGCCCCGCCGCAGUGGUUACGCCGAUCUCGACGCCCUGAACGUCACGAUUCCGGCGCCCAUCUGCCAGGUGGUCACCGGCAAACAGGGCUACUACCAGCAGAUUAACAUCCAGAAAAAGCCACUCACAGUAAAGCAGUUCAGCGAACUGGCCAGCACCGAGCGUUACGCCACACCCAAGCAUUUUGACUUUGAGGAUCUGGAGCGCAAGUACUGGAAGAACAUCACAUAUGUGGCGCCCAUUUACGGGGCAGAUGUCAGCGGGAGCAUCACAGACACCGACCAGGAUAGCUGGAACAUCAACCGGCUGGGCACCAUCCUAGACUAUGUGAACAAAGACUACAACAUCCAGAUAGACGGCGUGAACACGGCGUACUUGUACUUCGGCAUGUGGAAGACGACCUUCGCCUGGCACACGGAAGACAUGGACCUGUACUCAAUCAAUUACCUGCACUUUGGGGCUCCGAAGACGUGGUACGUGGUCCCGCCGGAGUGCGGCCGCAAGCUGGAGAAGGUGGCCAACCAGUACUUCCCGGCCAGUUACAAGAACUGCAACGCCUAUCUGCGCCACAAGAUGACGCUCAUCUCGCCGCAGAUCCUUAAGCAGCACGACGUGCCCGUCAGUAAGAUCACGCAGGAGGCUGGCGAGAUCAUGAUCACAUUUCCGUUCGGCUACCAUGCCGGCUUCAAUCAUGGCUUCAACUGCGCCGAGUCCACGAACUUUGCCAUGGAGCGCUGGAUCGAGUACGGCAAGCGGGCGGUGCAGUGCACCUGCAGCAACGACAUGGUUAAAAUCUCGAUGGACACGUUCGUCAAGCGCUUCCAGGGCGACCGCUACGACCUGUGGAUGGAGGGGCGCGAUGUGGGUCGGCAUCCGGAGGAUCCGGCGAAUGGGGUGCCCAGCGCCGCUCCCCUGCCACCACACCUCGAUGUCUUGCUGUGUGAUAAAAAAAUGAAGAAGCAAUGCAACCCGACCAAGGCCAAGAGCUUUAAGGAACGUAAUCCUGAUCUGGACCUGGAUGAAAUCCAGCAGAAUCCCAACGUGCCCGACGAUGUCAAGGCCAUGCUGAAGGAGAGCGUGCUCACGUUGGACACCGGUGAUCUGGCGACGGAAGAGGGUGACUUUGCCAACGAGGAUGCCAUGAGCCUGCAAAGUCCGGCGGACCUAAAGACCAAGCAGGAGCUGCUUGAGUACAUAGACGACGGCACAGAGGACGACGACGAGGAGGAGGACUUCAAGCGGCGCAAGCAGAAGCGGCGGUACGAUGCCGACUACGACGACGACUGGGUGGCAUCCAAGCGCAAGAGCCACUCACGAAAUAGCAGUCGGGGGCGCAGUCCGCGCACCAAGGACGAUCGCUCCAUAUCGCCGGCUUCCUCGACCUCCUCCACGUCGCGCGGUGCGAGGCGUGGCAAGGCCGGCGGAACACCCCGAAAGACCCCGACCAGGCGGAAAAAGGACGCCAGUACCACCUCUCCGGCGGCACCAACUGUCGCUGCCGCAGCAUCGCCCACAGCAGCAACUGCUGGUGUGACCACAUCACUGACCCCAGCAGCAGCAGAUGCCGGCGGAGAUGCCAAAAAGGAGCAGCAGUCAUUGCAGUUUAUGCAACAGCCGCGUAAAUUCGAGGGCAAGAUACCAAAGCUAAGUCAACCGACCGCCGCAUCGGGAGGAGGAGCAUCAGCAAAAGCAUCCACAGAAGCCUCCACAUCCAAGUCUAGUCAAGAGCAGCAGCAACAGAUUGUCUACGUCAACAUGUUGCCGGCGGCCAAUACCCUAAAUGGCAUUCCACAGCAGCAGCAGCAACAGUACGGAAGUACGGACGGAAGUGUCUAUCAGCUGCAAAAUGAGAUCCUCUGUGAUGCCAACGGACAUGCCGUAACCGCCGCCACGGCCUCAUAUCAAACUACGGCCAGUAGUCCACAGCAGCAGCAACAGCAGCAGCAGCAACGGAAUGUUGCAACCAGUGUUGCCGACAAUGUGGUCACAACUAUUAGUUCGUCCUCCAUCCUGCACACGAACGCCAACACCAACGGAGUGGACACGAUCAACGCCCAGCAACAGCAGCAGCCACAUUACCACUAUAUCACCACCACCGGCGAGGAUGGACAAACCCCGACCACCAUAGUGUUCGAAAACUACAACGGCGGAAUGCCGGCGGUCAGUUCCGCGGCCCCCACUCCCGUUCCCGUAUCGCAGGGCAACUCCGCCGCGACCACGACCACCACUGCCCUGGUCAACACGGACGGCACGAUCAUCGAGUUCGACGGGAGCACGUACGAGGAGUACCACGUGCUCAAGAGCGAGCCCGGCAGCAGCGACUGCCUGAGCAACGGCAGCAGCGCCGUGGCCGCCGACAUCAUCAAGUACGAGCCCCAGCACGGGAUCGUCGGCGACGAGGAGGACGAUGAGGAGACCGGACUGCUGCAGGUGAAGUACGAGGAGCAGAGCCUUGAGCACGAUCCGGAGCAUGAGCUCGAUCCGGACCAGGAGCACGAGUACGAGGAGUUUCAAGUGAUGAAGGCCGAGGUAGAGGCCGAGGCGGCGGAGCAGGCGGCCGGCACCACCAGCUACACGAUCAGCCAAGACCAGGCGGGAUCGGGCGCCACAGUGGUGUCCUCCAUGGUGCCCAAGUCGGGGUCGGCGGCGGCCGCCAAGCAGAAGCGAAAGCGCAAGACGCGCGUCAUAGCAGACGACGAGCAGGGCGAGUACCUGGAGAAGAUGAGUGUGCGCGGUCUGGACAUUGCCCGCUACGAGCACAUCAUCGACGGAGUAGCCUACUGUCUGGUCUGCGCCAAGAACGACAUCUUCAAGACGUUCAAGAACAAGUACAGCUUCCAGCGGCACGCCUACCUCUUCCAUGAGGGCCAGAACCGCAAAAUCUUCGCCUGCCCCAUCUGCAACAAGGAGUUCUCUCGCCCGGACAAGAUGAAGAUGCACAAGAAGGACAAGCACGGCGACGUGCCCAUGCCCCCGUCGGCCACCACGACACCUCUGAAGGCUGACGGUCCGCCGUCGAAGCGGGCGCGUACCGCUCGCACUCCACGGGUCCGCAAGUCAAAGGGCGGCGACGGCAGCACGCCGGCCAAGAAGCGACUGGCGCAGAUCGACAGUGUGCUGGAUGACGUUCAAAAUGGAGAGUCUCUGGCCCUGACGCCGGUCAGCGUGAGUCACUCCCAGCAGCAGCAGCAACAACAGAUGCAGCACAGCUUGACCACUACGCUGGCGCCCUCGACGCCCUCGCAGCCGCAGCAUCAGCUGCAGACGCUUCCGUCAUUGGACUUCAGCGGCAUGAUCCUCCCUGGCGGAGCUCAGCUGGCCCUGGCCAAUCCGGGGGCCACCAGCUCCGUGGGCCUGCAGCGAGGCCCAGCCACGCCGAAUGGCGGUCAACCGACGGCGCCCACCACCACGCUGAUCUACUCGAACCAACUGGAGCUGCAGCAGGCGCUGUUGCAACAACAGCUGCACGGCCAGAGCAUCAUGAUCCAGGAUCAAGCCGGUAACCUGGUGCCCCUGCAGUUGGAUGGAACCCAGGCGAUAUACACGACGGCGCCGCAGGCUCAGCGCCAGCAGUCCACGCCGACCACAUAUCAGACGACCCAGCAGCAGCAACAGCAACCGCAACAGCCCGCCAGCCAGGCGCAGCAGCAGCCGCACUACGAGCUGGACAACGUGACCUAUCUGAGCUCCACGGGGGCGGCCACUCCGGCGUCGGCCGAGCAGCAGCAACAACAGCAGCAGCAGCACGUGAUCGGCACGGUACAAAGCUACCAGAUCCUGACGCCCGACGGCCUGCAGAACUUCCAGCCCAAGCUGGAGGGAGCCGAACUGAAUGACCUGUGUCCCUACUCCCAGUACACCUUUACAACGCACGCCGGCGCGCAGCCCACGCUGAAUGCAAACGCGCUGGACGCGCAGACCCAGCACCAACAGCACCACCAGCAGCAGCAGCACCACCAGCAGCACCACCAGCAGACGCAACUCCUUCAGCAACAGCCCUUUGCCACGCACCACAAUCCGCACCAGCAGUUCAUGGAGCUGAAGAACGAGCUGCUGAUCAAGGGCGGCGACGCCUACGCCCUGGACGCCGCCUCCAUGUACCACCUGCCCUUCUCGCCCACCUCCAUGAUCAAUGCGGUGAACGAUGUGAAUACCUCGUCGCUGCUGGAAACCAAAGAAAUUAGCAGCAGCGGCAGUGGCAACCCCACUGGCAACGCAGCCGGCGGCAACAAUGUGUCCUCCGUGGUGAACAGCACCGCGAGCAAUGGCCUCAAGCCGGCGGCCAAGAAGACGCCUGUCAUCCUGCUGGCCGCUCGUGGAGCCGCCAAGCAACCGCAGCUCAGUAUUCUUAACGGCAACACCAAGGCCGGAAGUGGAACCGGAAGCGGAAACGGGGGCGUCACGUUGGUGCGCGUCAAUGCGUCCAGUCGCAAUCAGCGCCAAGUUAUCGUCGCCCCAGAAGCAGCCUCGGUGGAGCAGCAGCCCGUGGCCGAAGAAGAACUUCUGGCCGAGGACGAGGAGCUCGACGAUGACCUGGACGAGGAUGCAAUGGCCCUGGGCGCGCUGUCCUCCUCGACUGCCCAAAUUCUGCGAAAGUUCCGCAUACCCAAGGGCACGGCCGUAACGGCCAAGUCUGGCGAAAACUACCUGGCCAUGCCCACACCCACGCCAUCGCCUCCGGGCGUCGUGAACUUGGUCAGCUCCGGCGUUGAGGCCUCCGGAUAUAUUGAGAACGAGGACGACAUCAUAGAGGAGCUCAACGAGGACGACCUGGUCGAGGAGAUUAUUGACGAGGAGCCCAGCCAGGAACAGCCAGAUUUGCAGGAGGCGACGACCACUGACGGGCUCGACCUGAGCAGCGCGAACAACGCGGCGGCCACAACGGCAGCCACUAUGCUGCUGGCCCCCCAACCGCCUCCGCUACAGCUGCAGACAGUGGCCUCCAACGGGACCGUGACCUGCUUUAAUCUGCCGGCCAACACCAUCCUGCUGCAAUCAGCCGACGGCAGCAUAAUUGCCGCCACCCAGGUGCCGCAUCCCAGCAAGGCGGGCCAGCAUCAGCUGAUAGCGCUGCCGGGCAACGUGGCCCUGGCCACCGAACCGACGACCCAGACGCAACAGGCAACGGCGGCGCCCCAGGCCACGCAGACCCUCAUCCUGACCGCCGACGGCACGGCCAUCCCCAUUCUGGCGAGCACUACCCAACAGCAACAACAGCAGCAGCAGCAACAACAGCAACAGGCUGCCGCUGCUGCUGCUGCUCAGUUGUUCGCCGCGUAGGGGCUAAUGGGUGGCCAAAUGGGUCGAUUUUUGAACAGUGCCACCAUAAUGCCGACCACUUACUUCUUUUAGAAAUCUCAGAACUAUUCAGCAGUGAUUCCGGUUGCUCAUGGGACAAAGCUGUAGGUCAGCCUUGUACUGUCAGCAACAUUAAAACGUUUCCCUUGGGUUUUGGAAUACUUCAAAAAUCGUCACAUUUGGCCACCAACAAACGGGAAAUGGGAAACCGAAGCGUUUACUGUAAAAAAAUGAAUAAUAACUCAAACAUAAGCCAAGCUAAACUAAUUGAUAUUACCACACUGUUGGAUGUGCAUACAAAAUUUAUUUUUUUAUUCAAAAACCAAUUGCCUACAAGAAUAUAAAUCAAAUGUUGUUCAACACACAGACUCACACGCGAAUGGUGUUGCGGAAGAAUCAAAUACACACGUUUCAAGGCAAACUUAAGAGCACCAUAAAUUUAAAUUAUUUGUACGCCUAAGCUUAAUUUUAAACGUUUAAGUGCAAAGACGAGACACACCCAAACCAGUUGUAACUAUUUAACCUGCCUAGAGUGCAGGCCAAAUAAGUUUAGCCUAAUUUAGAGUUGCGAGAAUUGUUCCGUUUUAUAGAAGGAUAACUCACUUUUGAAACUCCUCCUGACAGUUCUCUACAUAUACGUAUAAAUAUAAUUUGUUCCUUGCAUAAUGAGAGAGAGACAGGCAACUAUGCAACGUAUUUCAUAUAGUAUUUAUUCAAUAAGUUCUCAAUCUAUUUAUUUAUUUUUGUUAACCAAACUUAUCCGUGCACCCCUACAUCCUUGUCAUUUUAGUUUCUUUUAACGUGUUGUAUAUUCUUUACAUAUAUUAUAUAUUUUAUUUGCAAUUUUGUUAUGCCAUUCAUAUACAAAUAGGAAUUCAAGCAUAGCACUGACCUAACAUUACUAUAAGUUGUAGGCUCGAUACUUUAGAAUAAAGUAUUUUUUUAAAGAAUGUUGUGAAACCAACAAGAACACAACAACACAUUAAGCUAAGCGAAACUAGUUUAAGCCCAACAUAACUUUAAACGAUGGAAGACAAUGAUUUAAAAUAUAUAAAAAUAUGUAAUCUAAGACAAAUAAGCAAAAUUGAGUUGCACUUCUGUAAGAUAUACUUUAAUUAAUAACGACACGAAACAGCUAAAAAUUAAGCAACUCGGUAGCCUACAUUAUGUAUAAUAAAAAUUCUAAAGCUAA